CCCGGGAGUUCUCCCUCCCACAAGCCUCAUUGAAAAGGAAGUGUUGCCCGCAAGUGGCUUCCGGCUGGGCCGGCGCGUUGGCUGCGGAGUGGGACCUGGUAGCUGCUGCUCUGACGUGGCUCCCGGAAGUUGGGGUAUUGAUGUCUGGCAGUCAUGUUGUCGCAGGACAGUAAUGACGACACUGAAGAUGUCUCACUGUUUGAUGCAGAAGAGGAGACAACCAAUAGAACAAGAAAACCCAAAAUCAGGCACCCGGUGGCGUCCUUCUUCCAUCUGUUCUUUCGGGUCAGUGCACUUGUAGUCUAUCUCCUCUGUGAGUUGCUCAGCAGCAGCUUUAUUGCCUGUAUGGUGACAAUUAUCUUGUUGCUGUCAUGUGAUUUUUGGGCAGUGAAGAAUGUCACAGGUAGACUAAUGGUUGGCCUGCGUUGGUGGAAUCAUAUCGAUGAGGAUGGAAAGAGCCAUUGGGUGUUUGAGUCCAGAAAGUCGACUCCUCAAGACAACACAACCGUGUCUGAGGCCGAGUCAAGAAUCUUUUGGUUAGGCCUCAUCGCCUGUCCAGUCCUGUGGGUGAUCUUCGCCUUUAGUGCCCUCUUCUCCUUCAGGGUGAAGUGGCUGGCUGUGGUGAUCAUGGGUGUCGUGCUGCAAGGUGCCAACCUGUAUGGUUAUAUCCGGUGUAAAGUGGGCAGCAAGAAGAACUUGACCAGCAUGGCUACCUCGUAUCUUGGAAAGCAGUUUCUACGACAAAACACUGGAGACGACCAGACUUCGUGAGUAAAGGUGAAGUCUGUGUGUCGUGGACUCUGGGGACGACGGACAAGAUUCUUGGUGUUUAGCUC